UCGCCCUCACAAUUUGAGCGAGUGCUUUUCUCUUUUGAGCAGCAACGCCAACAACACACGCGUACUGCAAGCCUGGUCUUGAAGCUUGCAUAAAAUGACGACAGGUGAAGAGACCUGGAAGGUUGCGCCCGCCCAUCCCGCCCCGGACGGUGCCGCCACUAACGGCGUGAAUGCUGGCAACGGUACCGUGAAUGUGGAUUCCGAACCACCUGCGAGCCCAAAGAAGAGGAACAGGACCAAUAGCCAAGACAUUGACGAUGCUGACACUUCUGUCAAGCGAGUCAAGGGUGUUGCGCCCAUCAAGGCAGAGUUUCUGAUACGCCUGGACAACAACAAGGCCGAUACAAAGGACAAAGUCAUCGACGACGAUGCAGCCGAGGGCGCCGAUGCAGAGCACAAAUCUCAAGGCCUGCCCAAGACGGAUGCCCGCGAUGGCCCCAGAAACGGCAAGAACAGCAAGAAAGACAAAAAGCAAAAAGGCCAAAACACCAGUCGCACAUUCGGCAGCUCACGCGACAAGUUACCACUCUGCGGUACUCGUGCAGUGUACAACGAAUUCUCGCCAAAGGAGUGUCCAUUUGGCGAAAAGUGCAAAUUUGAACAUGACAUCCGCAAGUACCUAAAGGAAGGCCGACGGGAAGACCUCACCACUUUCGAUGGUCAAUGUCCGGUCUAUGCCGUCAAAGGGUUCUGUCACUUCGGCUGGAAGUGUCGAUUCGUCGGCAGCCAUUCCGAGGAGCGCACUACAGAAGAUGGCAGGCAGGAGUUGGUUCUAAAGGAAGAUCCCGAGCGCAAAGCCAAGUUCUCUAGCUUCGACGAGGAAGCAGAGGCUGAGGUGGUCAACAUUGUGCCAAAGGAUGUCAAGAUUGGCUUGUCAAGACGGAAAAUUGGCACUCCGAGGGCUGACCAGUACAUUGAAUGGAUCGAGAAGAACCACCGCAACGAGAGGGAGAUGUUCGAUGCAGCUCAGAUGAAUAUGGAGAUUCUCAAGGAAGAAAAAGAGGCACGUAGGGCAGAGUACGUCGAAGCACCCUUCAGACCGUCGGAGAAGCGCAGGCUCUACUAUGGACCCGAGACGCCUAUGCUCGCCCCUCUCACCACCCAGGGCAACAUGCCGUACCGUCGACUCUGCGUGGACUUUGGCUGCCAAGUGACUUGGAGCGAGAUGGCCAUGGGUAUGCCACUCAUCCAAGGUGACAAGGGCGAAUGGCCACUUCUCAAGGCCCAUGAAUCCGAGAUAACUCCUCCGAAAUUCCUGGGCAAGAACACUGUGGUCCAGGGCUACGACAACUCCACUGAUAUGAAGUUUGGUGCACAGAUUGCUGCGAACAAGCCAUGGCUAGCUACCAAGACGGUCGAGGUAUUGACCGAAUACUGCCCCAAGUUGCGCGCCAUCGAUCUCAACUGCGGAUGUCCCAUCAACCUCGUUUGUGAGAAGGGAAGCGGUUCCGCUCUCCUUGACAGCGAAGCAAAGCUAGAGCACAUCCUCCGCGGCAUGACCUAUGUCUCUAAGGAAGUCCCCAUCACAGUCAAGAUCCGCAUGGGCACUAAGGACAACCACCCCACCGCCCAAAAGCUCAUCAAGCGCCUCGUCCUCGGCGGCCACGAGGCCGUAGAAUCCGGAAAGGGUACCUCAGGCAUCGCAGCCAUUACGCUGCACGGCCGAAGCAAGCAACAGCGUUACUCGCGCAGCGCGGAUUGGUCCUACAUUGCCGAAUGCUCCGCCCUCAUCAACCGCCUGCGCAAAGAACAGGCCGACCGGACAGACACCGUCGCUGAAGCUGAUCCCCGUGACCUCGCCAAUGGCGGCCACGUCUACUUUGUCGGCAACGGCGACUGCUACUCCCACGAGGACUACUACAACCAUCUCGACAACGCCGGCGUCGACACCGUCAUGGUGGGCCGCGGCGCGCUCAUCAAACCCUGGCUCUUUGAGGAAAUUGAAAAGGGCCAGUACCUUGACAAGUCUGCCUCGGAACGCCUGUCUUAUAUUGAAAAGUUUACCAAGUACGGUCUGCAGACUUGGGGUUCCGACGAGAUGGGUAUUGGUACGACGCGCCGUUUCUUGCUCGAGUGGCUUAGCUUCGCGCAUCGCUAUGUGCCUGUGGGCUUGCUGGAACAUUUACCUCCUAAUAUCCAGGAUCGCCCGCCGAGGUUUAGGGGAAGAAACGAUUUAGAGACUUUGAUGGCUAGUGAGCAUUACAAGGAUUGGAUUAAGCUCAGUGAGAUGUUCUUGGGUCCUGCGCAUCCCAACUUCAAAUUUGAGCCUAAGCACAAGUCGAAUGCGUAUGAGAUUGAAGCCGAGGGCUAGAGAAGGGGAAGGAAUUAAGAUGGUGCGUUCUGUUGGAGAUGCCUGAAUACGUGGGCGUGGGCAUUGCAUGAUGAGAUGAAAAGCAUGGUGGGGUUGAUACAUUUAUAUACUACUUCAAUGGUGUCUUCGAGCAUCUGCAUA